AUGUGCCAUGAUUUCAUUAUGACUUGGGUUUUCUUUUCAGAUGUGUUGGAAGAGACCUUCAGAGGCUUAGGCUAUGACGUUCAUUGUCACAGAUUCUUAGAUAUAAAGACCACGAAUGAAACAUUGCUUGAAGUUGCAAGGUUGCAGAAACACAGAAAUUGUGACAGCUUCAUUUGCAUAUUGAUCAGCCAUGGAAGUCCUCAGAGCAUCUUCUGUACAGACCAUACCUUUUCUGGAUUCCCUUUGGAACAAAUAAAGAAAUACUUCACAGCAGACUCAUGUCCUGAACUCCUAGGAAAGCCAAAGCUUUUUUUCAUUCAGAGCUACAUUGUGCCAGAAAAUGAGCAAGAAUGCACUAGUCUGUUGGAAGUAGAUGGGAAUGAUGAGAAAACCAUUGCUAAUGCAAAAAUCCCUUGGAAAGUCACUAUCCCCCAAGUAGCAGAUAUCUUUUGGAGUCACUGCAAGGUGGAUGUGUCUACACUAGAAAAAUCUCCAACUUCAUCCUCCUAUUAUCUGCGUUGCCUGGCUGAGCUACUCUGCAAUCCUCAUAAAAGGAAACUCUCUAUAUUAGAUAUCCAUACGGAACUGAACAGAAAAGUCUAUGAAUGGAAUAAGAACACUGACCCAAGGCAGCAGUACUCACUUCUGCUCCAGCACACACUGAGGAAGAAACUUUUUUUUUCUCCCACUUAA